AUGGCAUCCAAAAACACAGGGAAAACCGUCAAGGGCGGGGAAAAAGGGAAAACGAAGCAGGGUUCAGUGGAGAAGUCCAGUGAUGCAGGAGAGAAGCAAAGCAAUACACGCCAUGACGUUGUUGUCAACGAAAGAGAGAAAAAGAAGCAGACUUUCAUUGUUCGUACGAUUUGGACGUUGAUUAUGGUGUCUUCCUUUCUAGCUAUCCUAGCAGCCGGCCAAUUUUGGACCAUUAUUGGGGUGCUACUGUUACAGAUUGGAGUUUUCAGGGAAUGUAUUAAUAUCACCACACAGAGGGCCAAGAUUGAAGAGCUACGUUAUACGAACGAACUCAACUGGUGGUUUCUCAUCACGACCAUUUUUUAUUUGGACGGUAGAAACCUCAUUAAGAACUACUUGACCAAUUUUGUUGUCUCCGAUUAUACGAGCGUCAUUGCAAUCAAGUUGGUGUUGCAUCAUAAAUUCAUUUGCUAUAUUAUGUAUGUUAUUGGUUUUGUGGGCUUUGUGGCGUCUCUUAGGAAGGGCUCUUUGAAAUUCCAAUUUGCGCAGCUUUGUGUCACCCACAUGACUCUACUCUUAAUCAUCUUACAAGGCCACUGUAUUAUUAACAACAUCCUCCAUGGAAUGUUUUGGUUUGUGGUUCCAGCCGGUUUGGUCAUCAUCAAUGACAUCUUUGCCUACUUAUGCGGUAUUACGUUUGGUAAGACCCAAUUGAUUUCAAUCUCUCCUAAAAAAACAGUUGAAGGCUUUGUAGGUGCUUGGAUUUGUACUACAAUUUCCUCAUUUGCAUUGGUUUAUGCAUUCUCAAGCAUGAAUUAUUUCAUUUGUCCAGUGAGUGAUAAUUUCUAUUCUAAUAUUUUUUCUCACAUUGAAUGUGAUCCGAACUCUGUCUUUAUUCCACAGGUUUACAGGUUACCUACCUUCCUGAUUGAUAUUUUGCACAAAGAAUACAUCCAAGUCAAACCAGUCUACUUCCAUAGCAUGGUCAUUGCUACCUUUGCCUCUUUGAUUGCUCCAUUUGGUGGAUUUUUCGCUUCCGGAUUGAAGAGAGCCUUUAAAAUCAAAGAUUUUGGGGACACAAUUCCAGGCCAUGGCGGUAUCACAGAUCGAAUGGAUUGUCAAUUUUUGAUGGGAUCAUUCUCAUACCUAUAUUAUGAAACAUUUAUCUCUAGCCAUUAUCUCACUUUGGGAAAGAUCCUUCAAACAGUUAUCAUCAAUUUGGAACCUGCAGAAAUCAUCCUUUUGAUAAAGAGCCUAAUGUCUUAUUUGUUUAAGAGCGGAAUUGUUGAUGAAACUACCUACACCAAGGUGGUAAAUGCAUUCUAA